AUGUACAUUUUCAUCGGCAAUCUCUCUUUAACGGACAUCAUCAUUACAACCACCGUUCUCCCCAAGAUUAUAUCUGUGGGCUUACUCAAUGACAUUGCCAUUUCUUUCUCAGGCUGCUUCAUGCAGCAGAGCACCUAUCUGACAUUUCAGUCUAUUGAGGGAUUUUUGCUUGCGAUCAUGGGCUAUGAUCGCUAUGUGGCUAUAUGUAAUCCUCUACGCUACAAUGAUAUUAUCACUCUCAAGAUAUGUGCUGUGCUCAUAAUGUUUGCUUGCAUUACUGGAGUUGUCGUAAUCCUGCCAAUUACAAUGUAUGCUUCAACAUUGCCUUACUGUAGGAAGCACAUCAUGUUCUGGUUUUGUGAUUUCCCUCCUGUGAUUGCACUAUCCUGUUUGGACACAACAUCCCUACUGCUCUUAGCUCUAGUGAAUGCUUUAUUCGUAAUUAUGAUUCCUGGAUGUGUCAUUAUUUGGACAUACAGUAAAAUCAUUUUAACAGUUUGUAAAAUUAAAUCUGUGGAUGGCCGUAAAAAGGCCUUCUCUACCUGCUCCUCACAUCUCACUGUUGUAAUCCUGUUCUAUGGUGCACAUCUGAUUGUUUAUAUUAGUUCCACAGUAAAUAAUGAUAAUCCAAGUGUUCUCAUCUUGAUCUCCAUUAUCAACUGUAUCCUGACUCCUUUUGCAAACCCCAUCAUUUACAGCUUCAGAAAUAAAGAGUUAAAGACUGCUAUUCAGAAACACUUCCGUUUUCCUCGUUUACAUCCCCUGUAA